AGCAAUAGAAAUAGAGAUAGAGAUAGAGAUAGAUAGUCGUCGCGUCGUUAUAAAAUAUGACGACAUUCCUUCUAUAUACCUGACGAUUCGUUGUCUGUAUUCACACGCUAGCUAUAUAUCUAUACAUACAUACAUACAUAUAUAUAUAUAUAUAUAUAUAAAACCAGUGAGGAAGAAGAGAGAACCUUAAUGACGAAUCGAUAUAAUACGAAUAUACGAUAUCCUACAAUUGUGACAUCUAACACAAACGAUACGAAGUAACUAACUGCAAUACGCUUUGACCUAAUCUGACUAACCUAAUCGAAUUCAAGACGUCCAUAUUGGUUCUACAUUGAUUGGAACAGAUUUAUUCGAAUUCGUUGAUUUCAAUCGUAUAAUAAUAACGAUUAUUACUAUCGAUAUAUAUAUAUAUCUUUAUAUACAAUAUAUAAAUAUAUUAUAUAUAUAUAUAUAUACGAUAUCCACUUAAUAAUCGCUCUUCAAAAUAACGUCCAAAUUUUGGCGCGAAAUCCAAUCACGUCUAUCUCUCUCUUUUUACGGAAGGAUUAAACUAUGUGACCUAGGUGGCGCCACCGUACGUACCGAAAACAGAAAGCCAAACCGGUCAUGGGGGGCUAGUUAACGACUGUACGCCGCGCUUGCGAAUACACGAUGGGAGGCAUGGGAGCGUAUAUGUCGAAACCCAUUACAAAUAAGAUUUCAACCGACGAAGUUGGGAAAAAUGUUGCUUUCGGCGCGAGUUCGAUGCAAGGUUGGCGUAUCAGUCAAGAGGAUGCCCACAACUGUUGUAUAGACUUUGACAAAGAUGUUUCCUUAUUCGCUGUAUACGAUGGCCAUGGUGGACACGAGGUAGCAACAUAUUGUGCUCGUAAUCUUCCAAACUUUAUUAAACAAACCGAGGCGUAUAAAAGAGGUGAUAUUAGGCAAGCAUUAAUCGACGCCUUUUUGGGCUUCGAUGCCACGCUAGCAAAGCCAGAAGUAGUUAGUAUUCUUAAAGAACUGGCAAGGCCAUCAACUUCGGAUAAUAAAGAGGAUGACCUUAAUGACUCCGAUGAAGAAGAAAAUGUUAGCAAUCUACGUAUGGAAGCAGCAAUGCCAUUGGAUCAAGUUAUAGGGAAAUAUCAAUCGGAGGUAUCAAAUCCUCAUGCUAACAAUUUGAAAAAUGAAAAAUCUAGCAAACGAGCGUGUCCGUAUCUAAGAGGAAGAAAAGAGAAAGACAAAGCUAGUUGCUCGUCGUCGGGUGCAGGUUGUUCUUCUUCGUCAUCCGCAUGGAAUACGAACGAAGCUGAUGUGAGUAGCUCUAGCCAACCAUGUGGUUCGUCUAUGUCAAGCACGAUGAAAAGAAAAGAAUCAUCUGGAAGUAAUGAAGCUGAACAAGUUCUUGACUCUACUACCAGCAAUGGAAAUAUGCAUGCAUCUGUACCUGUAGUCUCUACCGAUGAUAUGGAAACAGCGAAAUCUGCCGACAUGCCGGAUAGUUCAGAAGAUGUUAAAGAAAAAGUAUCGAGUCCUGGAAAAUCAGCAUGUUCGGUACCUGUUACAAAUGAAGUUGAAUUAAACGGAGCAAAAUCAAAAAGAAUAGAAGAUGCAGAUAGUAGUAAAGGAGGGGGCGACAAUGUGUCAAGCAGUUCUUGUACGCCAGUAGAAAAUGGAGAUGCCGGACAACAAGAGAGAAUAAGUAGCAGUGAUCGAAGAAGAGUUCAAUCGAUCGAGCUUUACCAAAGUUUUUUAAAGAAGAAUGAUGAAGAGUCCGAAGGGGACGACGAUGAUGAUGAAAACGAUGAAAGCUUCGAUGGAGUCCCUGAAAGUUUUAGUGAUGAAGAUGACACGGAAGAUGUCGACGAAGAUGAGAGUGACGAAGACGAAGAUGGUGAAGAUGACGAUGACAAAGAUGACGACGACAAAGAUGACGAUGAAGAUGAUGUACUAAACAUAGAAGAGCCAGGUUCCGACAGUGGAUGUACAGCAGUUGUCGCUAUACUUAAAGAAAAUGAGUUGUAUGUAGCUAACGCAGGAGAUUCACGAUGCGUUUUGUGUAGAGAUGGUCAAGCCCUCGAACUCAGUCUGGAUCAUAAGCCUGAGGACGAGCCAGAAAUGAAACGUAUACGAAAAGCUGGUGGAAAAGUUACAUUCGAUGGGAGAGUCAAUGGUGGCCUUAAUCUUUCAAGAGCGCUUGGAGAUCACGCAUACAAACAGAACACAGUUUUGCCUCCGCAAGAACAAAUGAUAUCAGCGCUCCCAGAUGUAAGGCAUAUUACCAUUGAACCAGAAAGGGAUGAAUUUAUGAUAUUGGCUUGCGAUGGUAUUUGGAAUUUCAUGUCGAGUCAGGAUGUUGUACAAUUCAUUAAAACACGUUUAACCGAAAAGUACGAUAACAUUUCUAAAAUUUGCGAAGAGUUAUUCGAUCAUUGUCUCGCGCCAGAUACGUUAGGUGAUGGUACAGGAUGUGACAAUAUGACUGCAGUUAUCGUACGAUUUAAACCACCUUCCUCGAAUGCAACGAAUGCAACUAUAGCUGAAGUUUGUGUACAAGAAAAAAGAUCGGUGUCACCUUCUAGCCCUAAUAAAGAGAGCAACGAUUGCGUUACAGAAGAAAAUAGAAUGCAAUCUUGCAAACGUCUUAAGACAGAGGCAGCUAUCUAAAUUACCAACUAAAAGAAAAACGAAUGAAAAAGAAAAAGGAAAAGAAAAAAAUAUAACGCGAUAUAUAAACUGAUCUCUUCUCUCUGGAAACAGGUGGAUGAAUGUGAAUUCAUGUCAAAUGAUUUAUCAUACUGUAAAACUGUGAAUUGAACACGGAUGUAUGAUCAUUAACGUACAGUAACAGUUACUACACUAAUGUGUUAAAAAGGAAGAGUGCGUUAGUGUGUUGGCUAAUGGUGAUAGACUGAACGAUUGGAGCACAUGGAGAUGAUACGCUGCUUUUUUUUUUGCUUUCUAUUUUUUUUUUUUUUUUUUUGGACUUUUCUUCAUCAUGAAAAUUUUCACGAUACGUGCCCUUGAGAAAUUUCUUUUGUACUUUUAUUUAUCUGCUUUCUUUUUCUUCUUUUUUUUUUGUCGGUCAAAUAAGACACUAUAAAAAUCUCAAAAUAACUUUCCAUAUAGUUGAGACAAUCGUAAAUUAAUAAAGGUCCUUUAAAACCCUGUCGUAUUCGAUAUUAAAAAAAAAAAAAAAGAAGUAUAAAUCUCAAAGCAUAAAAAUAGUAUUUCUGUAAGUACGAUUGAAUUUUUUUUGUAUAUAUAUAUAUAUAUAUAUAUAUAUAUAUAUAUAUAUACAUACACACACACAUGAUAUCUCUUUUUCUUUCAUUUAAUUUAGCUUUCAGCAAAUAAAGUUAAUUGCUUAUCAUCUCAUUUGCUCCAUUUAUGUUGACGAAAUAUGCUCUUUGAGUUUUUUUAGCUUACUUUUAAUAUAGUAAGUAUAUAUGUAAUUGUACAUAUUUAUAAAUUUAGGCUAUAGGAUUUAUAUUUGUAAUAAUUAAAAACACCAUACAUAUACACGUAUACGCACACACAUACACUAUUUCAUACACACAACUAUACAUAUAUACACACACGUACACACAUAUAUAUUACACAUAUACACAUACGCCGUUUCUUAUUUUUACGAAAUAAAGUUUAUUUUUGAAUCCCUGGGGUACAAUGGUUGAACGGGCAUAAUCUCUGAGUAUAAAAAACUUUCAUUGCAGAAUUAAGACGUCCGCUUAUCAGGUGUUAUCGUUCUAUGGUUUUUUGUAUCGAUGAUAUUGUUAACAAAGAAAAAAAAAGAAAAAAAAAGGAAUAAUAAUAAUAAUAUAAUAAUAAUAAUAAUAUUAUAAUAAUAAUAAUGAUAAUAAUAAUAAUAAUAAUAAUAAUAAUAGUAAUUUCACAUUAUGUUAUUUUGGAAGUGCCAUUGCACUUUUGUCAACGAGUUCGAACUCGUCUUUUAUGUAGAAACUUAUACGAUUGAGAAUUAAGAUUUUUCAGAAACAGUAUUCGAUAUACAUAGAGAGAUCAUCAAUCUGAAAACUUAUGUAUUAUAUUAUAUUGUACUACAUAAGGGCAUUGCGUGAGAACUCAUCAUUUGUGACACAUAAUUAUUGUGCGAUAUAAUUAAGAAUUAAGAAACAAUCAUUUCUCGACAACAAAAUGUAAAUAUAUCUCGCUCCAUUAACUGUACUAAUUCAAUUAUAUUCAUUGAUUUUAUCAAAACAAACAAACAGACAAACAAAAAAGACAAAGAACAUAUAUAUAUAUACAUAUAUAUAAAAAAAAAAAAAAAAGAAAAAAGAAGAAACAACAUGUGGAACGAAAGACCUAAUUAAAAUACAAAAGCACAAAACACUAUUGCAGUGCCUAAAACUGUAAUCGCUGUUGAAAAAUUAAUAACUUGAUUCUCUUGUGUCGUAGAGCAUUCUCAAAUGAAAUUGUCAAUUCGGAUUGACCGACUGUUUGUAGAUUUUUAUAACGAUACUUGUCUGCGAAUCUCUAGAGUAUCGAUUCAGAAAAUAAAACUGAUGUGCCUUUUCAAUUCAGGGGUUUGUCAACUUAACCGAUAAGUGUACUGCGUACUCUUAACACCAUUUUUCUCAUUAAGAAGGGUUCUCUCGUACACCUCCAACCCCUCCACCCCCAUGCAUUCUCUUAAACUACAAACUUCGUCUCAUAAACUUAUGUAUGAUAGUAAUAUUCAUAAUAUAUGUUCAUUCGAUUAGUCUCUAACUUAAUUUUUCUGUUUUUUGUUUUCUUUUCUUUCUUUUUUAUUUUUCAAUACGUUCUUUCCCUUAAUAUCAAAAUACAAUUGUUAUAAUAUUUUUUGCAUAGUUGAAUUUUAAUUUACUGUUAAAUGUUCAAUCGUUUCUAUUUGUUCCAUUUCAAUUUUUUUUAACGAGUCAUAUUGGAUCCUCAAACGUUCUAAUUCCAUUGAUUUCUCCAUGAUCAAUGCCUGAAAUUUUUAUAUUCUAUUGAUCUGAUUAUAUUAAAAAAAAAUAAUAAAGAAAGAAACAACAGAUAAGAAUUUUCAAUAACCUGUAUUUGUUGUUUCUGCGCAUCUCGUUGUUUUUCAACCGAACGUAAUAAAUUUCGCGCGCCAAUUGUUCGCAUUUUUUCUUUUUCGACCUCAUUCGCCCAGUUGUCCGUCAGGUCAAUGAAUUUAUUACAAUUUUUUUGAAAUUCCACGAUUCCUAUAAAAAAAUGGCGACAGACGAAUUACAAAGUAAUUCGAAAAAAAAAAUAUUCAGUUUAUUACAAUUUUUUUGCUUGCAAAUAACUGCUGAUUAAAAAAAAAAAAAAAGAAAUAAAAAAACUAAAAAAAAAAAAAGAAGAAAAAAAUAGGAAUACGAGAAUAAUAAAAAUGGCGAAAAUGUUACAAUCGUCGAAAUAUAUAUAUAUAUAUAUUUUUUUUUUCAUAAAUUAAUUUCGAAAAAAAAAAUAAUAAAAAUUUGAGAUAUGUUGAGAUGUGUUAUAUAAUGCACGAAUUCAAAAUGAAAACGCUCCUUUAAAUGUGUGCGGUCGCCGAAAAAAUAAAAAAAAAAGAAAAAAUCCUUGGGAAUUUCGUUUUCUUUGAUUCGUACUGUACCGUCGAGUAGCAUACAUGACAUUCUUGAUCGAACGAAGUGUUAUGGUAGUGAACGAUAACCAACAAGUUAAAAUCGUAAAAGAAUUAAAUUCAUAAUAAAGGGAAUUAAAAGAACUAUUACGUCGUCACGCGAAGAGCAAGAAAAAUGUGGUAAAAUGUUAGAGUAAGAGUAUCUACGAAAAAGACAAAAGAAAAGAGAAACAAAAGAGAAAAAUAAGAUCAUAGUGUGGAAAGUGUGCAAAGAAGUUGAAGAAUCUUCUCAAUCGAUAUCAUUGCUGAACACGAUCAACAACGCCUUACUAACUUACUGUAUCUACUUACCGACGUUACGUCAGGUCGAUAAAGAAAUUUCAACAUAGAAGAGAACGCAGCAGGUGCGCACAUUAUACACGCGAUACGAUAUCUAUAUUGAAGCUUAACGAUCCUGGCUCGUCGUUCGUGCCACUAGUCAUUCAGCAAAAUGGGGGUACGGUAGGAUGCAUUCUUUCGUGUCGAAUCGCGCGAAGAACCUGUGUUAUUCGUAAUAUCUGCGUUAAUAAUAAGAAUCAUUUACGACUACGAUGAGGUUAUUCGAGGCUACUUAAAAGGGGACAAUUAUCUAAUAAUUAUUAGUUCGUUCGUCGUUCGAAAAAGUAAAAAAUUAAAAAUUAAAAAAGAGGAAAAGUAAAAGGGGAAAAAGAGAAGAAGAAGAAGAAGAAGAAGAAGAAGAA